AACACACAACGCGUGUCCCAAAUGGCACCCCAUUCCCUUCAUAGUGCACUACCCUUGACCAGGGCCCUUGGGCACUGCCUUUGACCAAGGCUCUUGGGCAUUAGGGUGCCAUUUGGGACGCAGGCACUAACUUUUUCACACACAGGCUUUUGCCACACCAGUGCUCUGAACAUAGCAAAGGUCAAUUGUAUUUUAUAAAAUGGGUGGUUCGUGCCCUGGAUGCUGAUUGUCUGAUAGCUGUGGUAUAUCAGACCGUAUACAACGGGUACGACAAAACAUUUUUUUUUUCCCUUGUUAACCAGUUUAUAAUAGCAAUAAGACACCUUCGGGGUUUGUGGCAUAUGGCCAAUAUAACAUGGCUAAGGCCUGUAUCCAGGCGCUCCGCGUUGAUUCGUGCAUAAGAACAGACUUUAGCAGUGGUAUAUUGGCCAAAUACCACACCCCUCUCAUGCCUUAUUACUUCAGUAUACUAUACCAAAUACCACACCCCUCUCGUGCCUUAUUACUUCAGUAUACUAUACCAAAGCUAUUGAUAUACUGUUUGUCUGUAGAAAAAACUCUUACUAAGGAAUGUAGUAUUAAUUGGGAGAAUAUAAAAAUGGGGCAGCAGGUAGCCUAGUGGUUGAGAGCAUUGGGGGAGUAACCAAAAGAUCACUGGUUCGAAAGAGCACACAACUGUACAUGAGAUGAGCGUUUAAAAAAAAAAUAGAAAAGGGUCAUUUUCCUGGCACUCUACAACUGUGCAACUUUCUGACAUUUGAAGAACAUUUUACCAUAGCAGGACAGCAGAGCUAUGACUGGACCCCUCUACCCCCGCACCAGUGUUCUAUACACACAGACACAUCAAUGAAGUAUAGACAUACUGUUGAUAUAGAUAUAUAAGAUAAAUAUAGUGAUACAUAUUGUAGAUAUGAUAGAUAUACUGUAGAUAGACCCACAGUAGCUAGAUAUGGUGAAACCUAGAUACUGAAGCCAUGUUCGCUCUAUAUGCCACAGCUCUCCUCUGCUUCCUGUCUUUGGGCCAAUCAGCUCCUGCUGCAGCUCUAACCUGUGAGGACCUCCUUAAGCCCAUGGAUCCACCACGACGAGACCAGCAGCUCUUGGGAAGAUGGGAUUUCGUCGCAGACGGUGUGAGCCACCCCUGGUAUUACUCAACCAUGUUCGCUCUCCAGAGAAAACAGUCACCAUGGAGUUUACAUCUGCUACCAAAACCAGAACACCAACACCACCACAACCAUCCACUACAGUCAGGCUGACCGGCAUGGCGGCUGGUGCAAGUACUGUAUAUACCCGACAGCAUCUCCAUCGUCAACGGCAACAGCACCUUCCAGUUAGACAUGAGGGGCUUUUGGAACAUCACUGGGGUCUCCCUGGAGACCUGCCCAGACUGCUUGGUGAUGAGGUGAGCUCCGUAAUAAGGGAGUCCACGGACCUGCAUCUGCUGAGGAAGGUGGAGGGCGGGACGGGAGAGAGGUGGAGGAAGAGGAGAUGGAGGAGUUCAGGAAAUGUGGAGUGCCUGGGGCUUCGCGCCGCCAGUGCUGAUCCAAUCGGCUCCUGCUGCAGCUCUAGCCUGUGAGGACCUCCUUAAGCCCAUGGAUCCACCACGACUAGACCAGCAGCUCUUGAGGAAAUGGGCCCUCGUCGCAGGCAGCCUGAGCCACCCUGCAUCCCUGGAGGCUCUCAAGACCAGAGACGGCAUCACCAUGGAGUUUUCACCCUCUACCCCCAACACCACCCAGAACUCCAACACCACCACAACCGUCCACUACACCCAGACUAACCGCUUCGGCAGCCGAUGCGAGUAUCUAACCUACAAUAUCUCACUCCUCAACGACAACAGCACCUUCCGGUUCGACGUGGGGGGCCGAUUCAACCUCACUGGGGUCUUCCUGGAGACCUCCUGCCCAGACUGUCUGGUGAUGAAGUGGGAGGUGAUGUCCAGGAGGAGGGAGUCCACGGACCUGUACCUGCUGAGGAAGGUGGAGGGCGGGAGAGAGGUGGAGGAAGAGGAGAUGGAGGAGUUCAGGAAACAGGUGGAGUGUUUGGGGCUGCCUCCGCCAGUGGUGAUGGAGCCGGGGAAUGUCCUCUGUGGUUUCUAUCAGCACAUCUGGAAAGACUGAGGAGAAGAAGAAGAAGCUCGAUCAGUGGGAUCAGAGAGUGGGGGCCGUGAGACAGAUGUAGAGACGCGUUUUCUGUCAUCUGUUUUGGAAUCCAACCAUUCUGUGUUUACGGUUUGUCGAUGACCUGUAGAAUUUUGAAAAAAAAGAUGCACGGUUUGUCAUAUUAUUCUGUCUUCUUGGCUUCUUUAACAGAUUUAAUUACGUUCACAGAGAGAUUUAAUGUCCAAGAGCUUAAGCUAAUUCACAGAGACGGUGGGAUCCAGCAGGAAUGUCGGGACGUCAUUAGGACCGCUCCAAACUCUUCACAAUGGGAAGGAAAAGUCUUUUAUAAUUGGAUUACUGUUGUAUAAUUUGGCAUAACCUCAUUUGUCCAUGCAUUAAAGUGCUCAUACUGUUAAUUCUCAGAUUAAACUGUAUGGAACAGUGAA